AUGGCCCUCAGCUGGAGAUCAUCCCGCCAUGUUUCUAAACUCGCACAGGCCACUCGGCCAGUGUUUUCGCGCCACUACGCGACCGCAGAGCCGGAUCUCAAGACCACCCUCAAGGAGGUCAUCCCGGCUAAGCGGGAGCUACUGCAGAAGGUAAAGGCACAAAGUGACGAGGUCAUUGGGGAUGUCAAGGUCGGAAACACAAUCGGUGGUAUGCGUGGCCUGAAGGCCAUGCUGUGGGAGGGUUCCGUCCUGGACGCCGAUGAGGGAAUUCGCUUCCACGGCAAGACCAUCAAGGACUGCCAGAAGGAGCUUCCCAAGGGAACUACCGGCACUGAGAUGCUCCCUGAGGCCAUGUUCUGGCUUCUUUUGACCGGCCAGGUGCCCUCCACUGGCCAAGUGCGCGCUUUCUCCCGUGAAUUGGCUGAGAAGUCACACCUCCCCACUCACAUUCUUGACUUGAUCAAGUCCUUCCCUUCAAACAUGCACCCUAUGACCCAGCUCUCCAUUGCUGUGGCAGCCCUUAACACCGAGUCUAAGUUUGCCCAAGCCUAUGAGAAGGGCAUCAACAAGGCCGAGUACUGGGAACCCACCUUUGAUGACAGCAUUUCCCUGCUGGCCAAAAUCCCCCGAGUUGCCGCCCUGGUCUUCCGACCAAAGGAGAUCGAUGCCGUUGGCACUCAAAAGCUAGAUGCCGCUCAGGAUUGGUCGCACAACUUCGCCGAACUGCUUGGCAAGGGCGGCGCCGAGCACGGAGACUUCCAUGAUCUUCUUCGUCUUUACCUGGCUUUGCACGGUGACCACGAGGGUGGCAAUGUGUCCGCUCAUGCAACCCACCUCGUCGGCAGUGCUCUGAGCGACCCCUUCCUCAGCUACAGCGCCGGUCUCCUUGGUCUUGCCGGUCCCCUUCACGGUCUGGCCGCCCAGGAGGUGCUCCGCUGGGUGAUCGCCAUGCAGGAUAAGAUCGGCACCAAGUUCACUGAUGAGGAUGUCCGUACCUAUCUCUGGGAGACACUCAAGUCUGGUCGUGUCGUGCCAGGCUAUGGUCACGGCGUUCUGCGCAAGCCCGAUCCCCGCUUCGAGGCCUUGAUGGACUUCGCCGCCACUCGUCCUGACGUUUUGGCAAACCCGGUGUUCCAGUUGGUCAAGAAGAACUCAGAGAUUGCCCCUGGUGUUCUGACUGAACAUGGAAAGACCAAGAACCCCCACCCUAAUGUGGAUGCUGCCAGUGGUGUUCUAUUCCACCACUACGGCUUCCAGCAGCCCCUCUACUACACCGUCACAUUUGGUGUCAGUCGUGCUCUUGGGCCCCUGGCCCAGCUGAUCUGGGACCGCGCUCUGGGUAUGCCCAUUGAGCGUCCCAAGAGCAUUAACCUCCUCGGUCUGCUCAAGAAAUAG